AUGGCGAGAUCUUGCUCUAUCUGGUCGCCGGUUUUGAUUUCACUUUCUCCGAUAACCGGAGAAUCACCUAAAAUUUCACGGCGACGAGUGAUUUUAGCCACAGGAGUAGGUUCUUCUCAGGCUCCUUUACUCGAAGCAAAUGUUAAGGAACACCAGAAGCUUCAUGUCCUUGAUUCCAAAGAUGUUUCCAGAAGAAACACGAUGCUUUAUCUAACGGCUGGAGUUCUCGGAGGGAUCAACUUUCUUCUCCAUGGUGAAGCCGCAGAAGCUCGAGUAGGGAGAAAGGAGAACAGGAGAAAAGCUUUGGAGAAGCUGAGAGGGAGAGCGAAAGAGUCCGAGCCCAAGUCAGGAGACCAAAAGAAAGAGAAAGAGUUAGAUAGUCAAGUAUUUCCUCUUAUUCCUCUUCCUCUCCAACAACAAGCCAUUGGACCUGUAGUCGAAGCAAACUUGUUGCAAUAA